AUGUGGACGGACGGUACCGGUGAUGAAAUCAUUGAGCUUUCCACGGAGAACUUGCAGCCCGCACAAGAUAUGUCGGCCGCCCAACGCCUCCUCAGCAGCAAGUCCUCUGUCGUCCUCCUCGCGUCCGUCGCGGUCCUCUUCUCUGGAGUCCUGCCCUUCAUAGCGUUCAGAGCUGCGCUCAUUAACAGCAGGGCCGCUCUGAUGCCGACCAUCAUCAAGCCUGCCGAAGAAAUCAGCGACGUGAUUCACCACCAACUACACGCUCGUCCAACGUUCAAUGAGUCAGUAAGGCAUCCAAAGGAUUCAUCGAGACUAGUUCCAACGAAAACCACAGGAAGAGCGAGGGCAGCUCAACUCCACUGGAACACGAUUGUGCAGCCUACUGUCAGGGUUGACAAAGAACCGCCCCAGUUAACUCAGGAUUCAAAACCAUGUAGUAGUGCAGCUUGCAAGAGGGAGGCGCUCAACCUGUCACGCCAGCUGGACGACUCUGUGUCUCCCUGCGACGAUUUCUACCAAUACGUUUGUGGGAAAUGGUCUCGGGGUAUAACCGUUCCCGAAGGGUCCGCGAAGGUGUCCGUGGACACGCUUACUCAAGACGUUGUCACCAAGCUCGUAGACGGAGCGUUCCGGCGUUACUUGGAAGACAUCGAACACGUUGCAGAUUUGUACAACGAGUGUCGCUAUCACAGGUCCGGAGACGCUGAAAAGCAGCUCUUUGAUCGGUUUGUUCGCCAGCUGGGGAACGUUAGCUGGUUCCUUAACAUCAAGACGAUGGUCAGCGGACUGCGAAAAUCGGUCUGGCCUAUGUUCGCGACCGUCGAAGACUCCAAGCUAUCUUCUAGCAUCGGCAUCUUCUACAGGUUGAUAAACGAACCAGCUUUGUUUUCCAUCAGGCCGACCGUCGAUGUCGACUUUCCUAACGAGACGCUCAUUGCUAUAGGACUCCCGAGACUGGUCAUAGGUUCCUUCUUAGGGGACAACGAUAAAGAAAAUUACAGCUAUGUGUCGCAAGCUAUGAAGAUAAUUCUGCAAGAUAGCAACUUAACGCAGGGACUGGAGGUCAACGUUCUCAACGUAGAACGUGGCCUCGCGCGAGCCAUCGUGAACAGUCCACCCGAAGUGCCUCGCAUUGUACAGGUUGAAGAUCUUCCCAGCCCGGGCAAGCUCAGGUGGAACCUGCUGUUCAAAGCCAUGCUGGCAGAUGAAGAAACAGAUUUUUCUUCCUUGUACGUCAUGGUCGAUUCCAUGCGUUACCUCAAUGCCCUCCAGUACGUACUCCAGGAGUUACAAGAUGUUGAAAUACUGUCGUACCUAGGAUUCCGGACAAAGCUCGCGCUGGCACCGUUACUCCCCCGGAACCGGUCUCUUGACUUUCUCGGUGCCCUUUCGGUAUCCAGGUACCCCGAAUGGCAUCCGCCACUCCGCCAGGAACACUACUGCGUUCGCUUCUUCGAAAAGCUCGAACCGGUCAUCUCUCUGUACUCCGCUCGAGACGACAUCGCGGCAGCCCUGCGUCACCUCAACACAAAGCGGUUCGUGAGGAUUGUCAAGCAGCAGCUUCUCAAACAUAUAGCCAUAACAUUCCCCAAUCCAUUCAAGGCUUACAUCAUCGGGGUCCUUAGACGCGCCAGAUGGACGUCGCUGAUACCGCAGUGGGUACUUCGCGAAACAUCGCGAAGAAAGUACCUCGGCUACUACUACACGCAAAAUCCGAGAGUUCCGGUUCACGAACAGUUUGCUCGGCUCAUCAAACGGAAAAACUUUAACGAGUACGGACGCUACCUGACCGGGAUCUUCGUCGACGCGCCCUGGAUCGGCGGCCUCCUGAAGACUGUUGCCGCCGUCAAUUCGGACAGAGUCGACGUCCCGCCGGCAGCCUUCGAUUUUUUCCGAGCUGAUGCGGAUGACAGUACACUUCUGCCACUCCAGAUGUCCCGAAUUGCCCCGCGAAUCGCUGCCAGCGUGUACGAGUUCGUCUACAAAGAGUCUCUGAACUUCCUGUACCACACCGGGCACAGGAGGUCUUGGCUUUUUCUGGACGAGGCCAGAACGUGCCUGACGAAUCAGUUCCGGGACUUGCAAGACGAGCAUGUCAACAUGUCGCUUAGGUCGGGAGCGAUGGGCGGGGACCUUCUCGCGCAUGCGCUGUCGGUGGUUCCGGCAUUCAAGGCCUUCAUGUCUGGUCUCGAGGAGGGAGACGUCUAUCUGCGAGGGAUGGCAGCGUUCUCCUCGGAGAAAAUGCAUUUUGUGUACCACGCGCUGAAUUACUGCGAACUGAACGACGACGUGUUUUUGGACAGACUUCUGCAAUCCGGGGCCGAGGCCCCGGCUUGGCACAAGGUCAACGCAGCGCUGAGAAAUUCCGAUCUCUUCUCAGACGUGUUUAAUUGUUCCGAAGGAACGUUUAUGAACCCAAUUGACAAGUGUUCCUUUACUUUUCAAUAA